AUGGGUGCUGUCGCAAUAGAGGCAAUGCCUCAUCAGAAAGGGUUCGGGAAUGUCGCAAGAUCUCCGACCUCUGCUCUAUCAGCAACAAGGCCGUUCAAAGGAUCCCCUAACGUCAUAUUCAAGCACUCGCGCUCCCAUCAAGACCUUCCGGUACGGUUAAGAGAUAAAACCCGAAGACCAUCUUCAAAGGAGGAUCGAUCACCUUCGCCUUCGCCGAAGAGAUCUCACACCGGAGGUGGCGGUCGGCCAGCAAAGCAAGUAAAGCGCAGUGGAACUGAUGUUCAAAUCAAUUUCAAAGGGCUAAAAUCGACAGAGCGUUCCGGCUUAGAAAAGAAUACGGAGCUCGGUUCUCUAAAGCGGGCUCGUGAGCCAGCAGCCGUUGAUGAUUUUUACAGCAAGCGGAUGAAAAUCUGCAAAUUGGAUGAUGCAAAUAUUGACGACCAUACGAGGAGAGUGCAGGCGUCAAAUUGGGCUUUGAUAAUCAAGCAACAAAAACUAAAGGCCGACAGCAUCAUAUCCGAUCUUUCAAAGACACCACCUACUAUACAGAGAGGAUUUGACAAUUUCACUGGGGUCUUGUGCUACCGAAUAUCUUUGAUUCAAGCUUUAUUGCACAUCCCCAAGCUUGUAACGCUUCUGUGGGAGAACCACAUGCCAUCCUUAUGUGUGGUCGACGACCGAAAGGACUGCUCAGCUUGCGCUCUUCGUGGCGUAGUGAUUUCGUACUGGAAGGUGCAGAAUAGUUCUACCCUAUUAGCCAUGUUUCGAAACCUACACGCCUUACUCAGACGGCGUGGUUGGACAGAAAUGGGGCAAGGUGACCCAAAUGAACAACUUACAUUCUUAUUCAGAAUCCUUCGCGAGGAUUUACCUAUCGCCACAUAUUCAGACAUCGAUUCGCUCUUCUCGUCUUCUAUCAACCAAUCCAUCCCUUGUUCUUGUGGGCACUCUUCCAUUACAACUUCAUCGCAGACCCAGAUGACAGUUUGCCUGGCACCCCAAUUACGGAACGGUACCCUUCAGCAGUACAUUGCACGUGGUGUAACAGAUACUGUUGACUAUCAGUGCGAAGCAUGUAAGAAGAAUGGCCAAUGCAAGAAGACACGUCUUUUCGAUGACUUAUCAGAAAUCCUUGCUAUCCAUCUCUCACGACGUGAUGCCUUCGGUCGUAAGAUCAAGACUACAGUCAACGUUUCACACACCCUUGAUCUCACAUUAUUGAAAAGUAAGAGUAAGACGGAUAACGAGAGAUGGAAAUACGAGCUCAUAUCCGUCAUCCAGCAUAGUGGAGGUGAUAAUUCUGGUCAUUACAUAUGCAGUGCCGAGGGACCAGAUAAGCAAUGGAGGAUGUUCAACGACCGGAGCGUGUCAAGAACCGAGGUUGGCGCUGUGGAACGGUCGUUCUCUCCUGUGAUGUGCUUCUACAGGAGGGUUAGAUGA